GGUGUGGUUAAGUUAUGGUGAUUCAUUGGGAUUUUCCCUGAGAGACAUCUUGCCCCAUCAUGCCAGAGCUAGAGCUAGAGAAGACAAACUUGUGACGGUCAGACUUCUUGAGUCAAGUCAUAAGACGGCUAGAAUCUACACUGACAAUUGAUAAUUGCGGUACUAUUUCAUGCUGUUUUGUGACUGAGCUGAGCCUAGCCAGGUCCAGUUCAUACAUAUAACAUCAUCACAUGGCUACACAAAGGAGGCGUUCUCAGGAGAUGGAAGAACUCAUCUUCCUCUGCGCUACUAGUGUCUACACAAAACUGUUGGAAUGCUCUGAGGACACUGUAGCGGUUCUAUUGGAGCAUCCCACAAACUCAUCGCUGAACAGCCAUUACACAAUACUCACUGGAGCAGACUACCCCGAUGGUGUCGUAGUUUGUCAGGAGGGAGGAGGCAUACGCUCAGUGUCAGAAUCAGCAGAGUGGGCACUGAAGUCGCUCGUGAGUGAUUGGUGCAGGGAGCGUCAGUUAACCAUUCCCGAGAGCUUCCAACUAGACUGCCUACAGCUCAACACACAGGUAUCCGUAGCUAGCUCUGAAUACACUACCGAUGCCAGUGACUUUGAUGAUGACGACUUUGACUCAUAUGAUGGUUACGAGACGGAGGACACCCUCCACCCACUCAUAGAGGAGGACGUUAUCCGAGUUCAGCAGCUGUUUGGAAGAAACUCCAUUGAGACAAGAAUACAUGCUGGAAUUGAUGAAAUGGACAUUUUCUUUAACAUUGACCUCAAUAACUUCAUGGAUGAAAACAUAGCUCUGGCAUGGGGAGUCAAAGUAAGAGAGCCUCUGGUCAUCAUGCUGCACGUUAGGACCAUGAGCAAGUACCUCAAUGGAGUAGAGCCCAAGGUAGAGGUGUUCCAGUCACCCACUAGCUCCAAGGUAGAUAGGAAGAAGGUUGCUAUUGGAAACCAACUGAAAAAGAUAAUUGAAAACUUUGUUGCUUCGCAAUGGAAGAAUCUCUCAAAUGCUGACAUUGAAAAGAACAGGGUGGACUUGGAUACGUCAGCGAGUGAUGUCGAUCUUUCCUCGGCCUGUGCUGGACUGGAGAAGCCAGGAGAACUAGGCACACUGGUGACAAGCCCUCAGUUCUCCCGCCAGGACUCGCUGGGUGCUCAGAUGAGAUCCCCUGAGGGGAGUGAAGAAUCAGACCCCAUGGCCUGCAAGAAGCUGCCUGGUUUAGAGAAUGGAUUUUUGGUUCAGUGCUUGCAGUAUGGUCUCAACCGUAUCUGCACUUUAAACGAAUUUUGUGUUAUCUGUGAUGAGAGACACAUCAUUGAGACUGGUCUCAUAAAGCCUUGUGUGUGUACAAGGGAGCUGUGUGUGUUUGCAUUCCAAACUCUCGGAGUUAUGGCAGAUGCCGCGGAGGCCAUCGCCACUGACGGAGAUGUUGUAGAUCUCCUGAUAGCCAUGGCCAAUGCAGCUGCCACUAAUCCGAGGGCUAAGAUCAUCUUCGACCCCUUUCCAUCCAUCCUUAAUCCUGACAAUCCCAACGAGUUAGCGCUCAACCCAAAGAAGCAGGACUUCAGGCUGGUAUGUGACGUGCUAAAGGAAGUGGUGAACACGAGAGAGUUGAUGCUGGCUGGUCGGUGUCAGAGUACAGGUGUAAAGGAGGAGCUGGAUUCACAUCACAGACUGGCCUUCCCCCUCAUGCAAUGGAUUAUUGCCACUUGUAGAGCCCACAUUGUCCUACUCCCUGAAGACAGGCGUAUCAAAGCAAUUAAAACCAAGUAUCAGUUUGUACUCAUCAGUAGCCCUCCUGCAAAGGAAGCAGCAUUUCAAGCAGCCAAAACCAAGUCAGGCAGUACUUUCGCUUUUCAUGGUUCCAAUAUUGAGAACUGGCACUCCAUCAUGAGGAAGGGGCUUAUCAAUGCCUCAGGGACUAAACUACAGCUCCACGGUGCAGCUCAUGGUAGCGGGGUCUACCUCAGUCCAUCGUCUAAUGUGUCCUUUGGCUAUAUGGGCAAUUUCAGUGCAAUUACAAAGCCCAAGCCUCCUGGUGGGAGAGAGAGCUUGGUAGGAAAGGUCAACCUCAAGUGCAUGGCUCUUUGUGAAGUUGUGACAUCCAAAAACCUAAAUAAGUCUGGAGACAUCUGGGUGUGCCCGAAUUCUGACCAUGUGUGUACACGGUUCUUCUUUGUGUUUGACAAAGAUCAAAACCAUAAGGAUCCUGUGGACACAAGGCAACCAAAGUACAGGGAACAAAUAGACCAUGCCAUGGAACAUAUUAGCAAAUUUCGUCGGGUCAAAUAGCCCUAAUUAUUUUUCACUUUCACCACCAUCAUGUGUUGUGUUUUCUUCUGUUCUUGUUUUUUAAAUAAUUGUUAAAUUUCGUACCGGCCACCAUCACCCUAUGUGCAAGAUUUUAUUAUUAUGCAUACCGAGGCAUAAAAAUCCCAAAAUUAA